AUUCAGACCAUUUGCAAAACCAUUUGCAGGCCUUUCCUGUCCUGCUGUUAUCGUGAGGCUCAUCCCCAUCUCUAAUCUCUAGACCUUGUCCAGACUAUAUGUGACGUCUGUCUCUCUAACCAUUCCGAAUCUUCUGUUACUUUCCGGGAAAACCUUGAAAUUGGCUUGGCAAUCUUGCACUUUCUCUGAAAUGCUUCUCCAAACUCAAUCUCUGGCAACCCAUUUUGCUCUAUCACUCACUCCCUCAAAACCCAUAAUCAACAUCCAAUUCACUCCUCCGAAGCCAAAGUCAUUUCAAUCUCCGUUUCGGAAUGUAAAAUGCGCUCUUUCAGUUAUAUCGGAGCCGUCACAUAGGGAAUUCAGGAGCGAUAAGCCGUUCCCGGCUGAGGUUUCAAGGACAAUUAUGGAGUUGGCAUCUGUGGGCACCCUUUCAACGUUAAACCAAGAGGGUUGGCCCUUGGGUAUUGGCGUUCGCUACGCUGUCGACCCAGAAGGGACUCCGGUUUUAUGCUUGAAUACCUCUAUUAGGCAAUUCUCUAUGGACAGGAGGUCUAGUCUCCAUGUUCAGUUAGAGCAGUGUGGAUUGAAGACUCCUCAGUGCACAAUUCAAGGCAGCCUUGGAAAACCAGAGGACAAGAUGGUCUUGAAGAAACUGCAUUCAUUAUGGAAAAAUAGGUUUGGAGAAGAAAUUGAUGAUGACCUUAUGUAUGUUGUUCAUGUGGAAAGGGUACUUCAGAUAGAUGACUUGAAAGAGGCUGGUGUAUGGGUCACUUCAUCAGAUUAUAGAGAUGCACAUCCUGAUCCUCUUCGGGACUUUGCAGAAAAGCUAGUGAAUGAGAUAAACACCAAUAAUGUUGAAGAUGUCAUUCGCUUUUGCAACAUAUAUGUUGAUUUUGACCAGGUGUCCGAGGCAAAGCUUAUAUGGGUUGAUCGGUUGGGAUUUGACAUGCGUGUCUUUUCUCAGAAAGGUAUAUUUGAGGUCCGCAUUCCUUUUCCAAGAGAAGUGACAGAUGUGAAGGGUGUGAAGUCAACAUUUAAUUGUAUGUCCCAAUUAGCUUGGGAGGUUGAAAAGAAUUUUCAUGUCCCCAAUUUUCAGAAAGUGAAACAUUUGAAGCAGAUAUUAUAGAGAAGAAUAACAACGGCCUUCUUGCCCUCAAAUCUCUCUCUCUAUCUGCGCGCAGAGAAUAAGAAUAUUUGCUGGCUUUUGUUAUCUUGCAAGUUACGUGGAUGGGUUGGCCGGCCAAAAAUGAGCUUCUUCCGAUUAUGAUGAGGGCCUCAAUAUCAGUUUUUUUUUUUUUUCUUUUUUUUUUUUUCUUUUUUUUUCCCUAAGAAACUUUGCCAAUUGGGCAGCCUAAUGUUACACUUUUGGCUAGUUGGCUAAAAUUAGUAUAAGCGAAAUGUUUCCUCUUUUUCCUCC